UCCCAAAUCCCGUUACAGGAGCGGCAGCGGAGGAAGAAAAAAGGAAAGAAAAAUACCGUUGCCCUCCCGUUCCGUUCCGCUCGGCACUCGGCACUCGUAAAACCCAGGCCCCGAGGGAGAGGCAUGGGAGAGGAGACCCUCGUGCAGGCCAUGCCGCUCGCGCCCCACCGCCACCACCACCACGUCCACCCCGCCGCCCCGGAUCCGGCCGGCGUCGAACGUCGAGACGACCAUCCGGCGGCGCACGCUCCGCGGACCCGGACCGGGAUCGCCGCGGCAGGGGACGCGAGCGAGGAGGAGGACGUGUACUACGCGCGCAAGAUGCUGCAGGGCGUGGUGCUCCGCCCGCCGUCGCACCUCCCGCAGCCGGAGGCGCCGCCUGGGCUUACGAGGGUGGUCUCCACGCCGGCGCCGAACGGGCGCGCGGAGGUGGAGGAAGGACAGAGGCACGUCGUCGAGCGGUCCAACUCCGCCGCGGCCGUGGUGGACGUGGCGUCCAUCGGGCGCUUCUUCCGCGACCGGCGCGACGUGCUGUCCUCGGCCAUCAACCGCCGCAUCUCGUCGCUCAAGGAGGCGCCGGCCCCGGCGCCGGGGGACGCCUGCUACGGCGUGCAGGAGAUCCACCUGCCCAACGUGAAGGUCACCGUCCGCCUCAAGGAGGCCAUCGCCGCCGACGCGGAGGAGGACGACGGCUACGGCCACUCCUUCUCGGGCAGCCACAUCAAGGGCCGGGUCAGCUUCUUCUCCCGCUCCGGCUGCCGCGACUGCGCCGCCGUGCGCGCCUUCUUCCGCCAGUCGGGCCUGCCCUACGUGGAGAUCAACCUGGACGUGUUCCCGGAGCGCGAGGCCGACCUCGCGUCCCGGGCCGGCGCCGCCGCGCGCGUGCCCCAGAUCUUCCUCAACGAGAAGCUCCUGGGCGGGCUCGUCGUGCUCAACUCCCUCCGCAACAGCGGCGAGUUCGAGCGGCGCGUGCGCGAGGUCGCCGGGAGGCGGUGCCCCGACGCGGCGCCGCGGGUGCCCGUGUACGGGUUCGACACCGACGCCGGCGAGGAGGGGGAGGAGAGGGAGGACGCCAUGGUGGGCAUCGCGAGGGUGCUCCGGCACCGGCUGCCCAUACAGGACCGGUUCGUGAGGGUGAAGCUCGUGAAGAACUGCUUCUCCGGCGCCGACAUGGUCGACGGCAUCGUGAACCACUUGGAGUGCAGCAGGAACAAGGCUGUGGAGAUCGGCAAAGAACUCGCGAGGAAGCACUUCAUCCACCACGUCUUCAGGGAGAACGACUUCGAGGAUGGCGCCCAGAGCCUGUACCGCUUCCUGGAGCACGACCCGGCCGUCCCCAGGUACUACAACUUCAGGGGCUCCACCAACGACGGCGAGCCCAAGCCCGCCGCCGCCGUCGGCCAGAGGAUGACCAAGAUCAUGGUCGCCAUACUCGAGGCCUACGCCUCCGAGGACCGCCGCCGCGUCGACUACGCCCGCGUCGCCGCCAGCGAGGAGUUCCGGAGGUACGCCAACCUGGCGCGGGACCUGCAGCGGGCGGACGUCUUCGCCCUGCCCGCCGGGGAGCGCCUCUCCUUCUUCCUCAACCUGCACAACGCCAUGGCCAUCCACGCCGUCAUCAGGACCGGCCAGCCGGCGGGCGCGGGCGCCGUCGACCGCCGCUCCUUCUUCACCGACUUCCAGUACGUCGUCGGCGGGUACCCCUACUCCCUCACGACCAUCAAGAACGGCAUCCUCCGCGGCAACCGCAGGCAGCCCUACACCAUCGUCAAGCCGUUCGGCGCCUCCGAUAAGAGGCUCGAGCUGGCGGCGACGAAGGUGAACCCGCUGGUGCACUUCGCGCUGUGCAACGCGACGCGGUCGAGCCCCACCGUGCGGUUCUACUCCACGCAGGGCGUGGAGCCGGAGCUCCGGCACGCGGCCAGGGAGUUCCUCCUCGACGGCGGCGUGGAGAUCGACCUCGAGACCCGGACCGUCCACCUCACCAGGAUCAUCAAAUGGUACAGCGCCGAUUUCGGGCAGGACAGGGACAUCCUCAGGUGGAUCGUCAACUACCUGGACCCGACCAAAGCCGGGCUCCUGACGCAUCUCCUGAACGACGGCGGACCCAUCAGCAUCGCCUACCAGGACUACGACUGGUCCUUGAACGCCUGAACCCAAUUCUGUUUCUGUCUCGACUCUGCGCAUACGGCGACGGUACCUGGAGCUAGCAGUAGCAGUGCCGUGGGCUUUUCUCUUUGGAUAUUGGCAAAUGGUCGAUGGAAGAGAAUUAGAGAUCAACCACGCGUCGAGCUUAUUACUAGCGAUUAUACGAGUACUUAGCAAGAUGGAAGUCUGAAGGUGUACAUAUAUAUAGUACGAUUCUGUGAGCCUCUUGGGUGGUUUCCUGCCCGCAGGGACAAGUUGUCUUGGCCUCUUGGGGAGGGCAAUGCACUAUGUUGAUCACAUCGCUUUUUCGCAGCGAAGAUGUUAGAUACAGCAAGUACUCAUUUUGUAGUAGCUUCACCGUUGUGUAUUAGAGCGUCUCUUUCUUUUUUGGAAAAUGAUCCAGAUCUAUUUCGAAGUUUAGUGAAAGUAUAAAGCAUUUCAAACAUAAUAAAAUCGAAAUGGCUAAA